CGAAGGAUACCGACUUGAACCGAUUAAAGAGACUCGUAUAGGUUCAUUUAGUGAAGCUAUGAAUGUUUGCGAACAAGCAUCGCGAAACUACUUUGGUGGAGUUAGCAAAAUCAAUCAGGAAUCAAACCAAGAACCAGGAGUUUUCAUUUUUCGAGUCAAAUUUAACGGAGCAAGUCUGGAUGAAAGACGAACAUUUAGGAGUAAAUUUACCAUAGUGUGUUGCACUGGCUUUGAGAAAAUUUACCCGUCUAUGAAGAAUGAGAUCGAGUUUGGGAAUCAUACGUCACUGAAUCUAUUAUCACUGUAUAACCUCUCUUUCCAAUUGGCAUCUGGCAAGCCGGGUAUUCGUAAGCUUCCGAACUACAGUGUCUCAAACUUAACAAAAUUACUGUAUGAUGAAAUUGGUGGGAAUUGUUACACUAGAGUCAUCCUUUGUUUAUCAGCUAAUCCUGAGCCAGAGAUAUAUUCUCUUUUGUUGAGAUUUACUGCACAACUUACAAAUAUUACAAAUUCACCGGUCAUGAAUGAUGAAUGUGCCUUGCUGUUGGCUGAAAGAGCAAGAGAAACUCAAAGUAUACUGGAACAAGUUAUUAAUGAACAAAAAACUGGGACUACUUUGAACACUGUCAAUAAUCUACAGAAUACAGAUUCAUCUUUGCUAAAACUAAGAGAACAUAUUCAAGAACUGUCUCAAAGUCUUGGAAAAACUCAUGAGGAAUUAUCACAUGCUACAGAUGAACGGGUGAAGUUAUCUAAAGCAUGGCUUUUAAGUGAAGAAGAUAGAAUUGAUGCCAAUGAAAAAUUAGCAAAGACAGAAUUAGAAUUACAAGAAGUUACUUUAAAAAAUAAACAACUUCAACGGAUAUGUGAGAAAGCGACAGAAGCUGCAAAACAUUCAGUAGAAUUGCAAAGAUCUAAUGAUGUGCUAAACAAUUAUUGUACAGAAUUAAAAAAGAAGCUAGGUGAUUUACAUGAAGAAUUAAAUAGAAUGUCUAUACGAAAUGAAGAACUGAGUCGUGAAUUACUACAUCAGACAGCUGAACAAAAAUCUGUAUUAACAUUUUUGGCAAAUAAAAAUACAGAAAUCAAGACAAAAGAAUUGCCCAGAUUUGAGAAAGAAUUGGAUCGUGUUGAAGUUAUGCUUGGUACAACAGCGUAUCAUAAGAAAAAUGCAAAAAUUAAUUCGAUUCCUGAAACAUCUGGAUACAAAACUAAUACUGAGUCUAAAAAUCAACGAUCGUCAGAGAAUAAAUGGACAAAUCUAAAAGACAAGAAAAUCCUUCAAUAUGCUGAAAAACAAGUAAAAUUGAAUUUAAUCAUGAAAGAACGUGAUCAACUUCAAAUAGAAUUAACAAAUACGAAUAGAAAAUUAGCUCGAUUCUUAGAUCAUUUUAAAGCUCGUUUAAUUUAUCAUAUAAAUGGAAUAACUCGUUUAGUAGAUGCUACAAAAUCCAAUGAUAAAUUAAUUGUCAGUGAAGGACUUUAUGGUUUAGAAAAAUAUAUUAAACAUUUAAUUGCUGAUAUGAAUGCAACUUAUAAAAUACGUGAAAAUCAACUAGUUAACAUUUGCCGAUCGCUUAAUGGUCAGUUGCAUGCAACACGUGAAGCAAUGCGGAAAGUGAUGAUUUGUUAUACUAAACUAAGAACACAAGCAAUCCAACCAAAUGCAUGUAUUAAUGAUCCAGGACCUACACCACAAGAAUUAAUCGAUGAGUUAAGUUGGUCAGGUAGAAGUAAUGAAGAUUAUUUAUUGAAUUUAAACGCUUCUAUAAUGGCUGAAAGUACACAACCUGUCAAAAAUCGAUCGAGGCGACUUACAAGAAUGAAUAUUUCAGAGGGAAUUUUAAAUUAAGCUGUGAAUGGUAGUAAAGAAAACAACUGCAUCUUAAAACGUUUAAUACAUUUAAUACAUUUUGAUUGAAACAAUUGAAAUGAACUGAGUGUCUAAUUGAAAUAAAAAUAAAUAAAUUUAAA